ACUCCAUAAUCCCUGGUUUAUCACUUGCUAGGGUGCUUAACAGCACAAAGAUAGAACGGACCAUUGAUUGAGCGGUUCCGAAGGAGAAACGGAAUAAUUCAGGCUGAAAUGGCCUCAUUAGGAGAACCUGUCCGGUUGGAAAGAGAUAUUAACCGAGCCAUUGAACUACUGGACAAGCUUCAGAGAACCGGAGAGGUUCCACCUCAGAAACUCCAGGCUCUCCAGAGGGUUCUACAGAGCGAGUUCUGCAACGCCGUCCGAGAGGUAUAUGAGCAUGUGUAUGAGACGGUGGACAUCAACAGCAGUCCGGAGGUGCGAGCCAGCGCUACAGCCAAGGCGACGGUAGCGGCGUUUGCGGCCAGCGAGGGCCACUCUCACCCGCGCGUGGUGGAGCUCCCUAAGACUGAGGAGGGCCUGGGCUUCAACAUCAUGGGGGGCAAGGAGCAGAACUCGCCCAUCUACAUCUCCCGCAUCAUCCCCGGCGGCAUCGCCGACCGCCACGGCGGCCUCAAGAGAGGUGACCAGCUGCUCUCCGUCAACGGAACGAGUGUGGAGGGGGAGCAUCAUGAGAAGGCUGUGGAGCUGUUGAAGGCGGCUCAGGGCACGGUGAAGCUGGUGGUGAGGUACACCCCUAAGGUCCUGGAGGAGAUGGAGUCUCGCUUUGAGAAGAUGCGCUCCGCCAAACGCCGCCAACAGAACAACUACCCCCAGUAGCAUGCCCUUACUCAGUGAACUUUCUCUCUCUCUUUCUCUCUCUCUCUCCCCCAAACUCAGUCUCUCUAGUUCCUGUCCUUCUCUCUACCCCUCCUUGUGCCAUCUGUCCUGUUCCUUCCUGUCUUCCGUGGAGUUCACACUUUCUCUCUUUCUUUCUCUCUCUCUCUCUCUCUCUCUCUCUUGCUCUCUCUUCUCCAGCCAGGGAUUGUAGCCGUGUGUAUGGCACCUCUCACUUCUUUCUUUCUGAAAUUUUGUAAAAACCCUUGACACCUGAAUUUUUCACACACACACACACACACACACACACACACACACACACACACACACACACAUGUUUAGCUUUUCACCUCAGACUUGCCAUAUAGACUUGCAAUGUUUCUUCAUGUAAUCACUCACUCGUAAACACGAAAACACACAGCACACAUGCAUCAGUGUGAAGAUUGUACUAUUUUUUUAACUAGAUGUAAUCUAAAAAGGAGAGAUGGGGAAAUGUAUUGAUGCAAUUAACUUUUAUUUGAGGAAAAAGGUUAUAUCCCAGUCAGCCACUUAUUGCCUGACGACAUACAAAACUUUAGAUCACUGGACAUUAUAGUUAUGACUAAACAGAUGGUUAAACACAUAUCUGGACAUAUCUUUCCAAAUGAAUAUGUGUUAAAUUUUGCUAUUACUUUCUAACCUUUAUAAAAAGAAUAUUAUAAUUUGGGAUGUGUUUUUGCUAGAAUAAGGCAAUUCAAGGCAAUUCAAUUGUGUUCCAAUGCAUCCCAAUACAGUUCAGGCCUCAAAGUCCUCCAUGCAAAAAUCCUUCUUUUCACUGCUGUCUACCUAAACAAUCAGAUCCAUAUCUGAAGUCGUAAUUUGUUUGUAUUACCGGUUAUGUCCAGAAGAGGGCACACAAAUGACUUUUGCCUAAAUGCUCACUUUGCCUACAUGACAGCCAUCUCCCACUUGUGCAAAUGGUGAAAAUUGUCCUUUUGAAGGGAAUAGAAUUAUAAUGAAAUCUGUGAAUGUGCUAGGUUUGCUUUAUUUUUGUAUGUCAUCUUCAUGAUUGGUGUUGUUUUGGCAUGAUUGUUUCCCCCUGCGUUUUCUUGCAGUGAUAAAAAAAACAAUAAUAAUAAUAAAUAUUGUUUAGUUUUUAGUCUGGGUUACAUUGCGAAGCCUAUACACACAGACUUAUUGAGCUUCUUUAUGUAUCCCUAGGAUGUUAUACUGAUAAUUCCUGCAAUAAGCAAGUCAUCAUGCGCACAAUAGAGACUCUGGCAGGGCGUGUUCUGAUUACUGUGUUAGCACUCUCUUCUCUUCUCUUUUCAUGAAUGUUGUUCUUUUGUUUCUCUUGGAGGAGUCCCAUGCACUUGAAGGUCCAGCAGAGAGCAGAACAUGAUGAUGUCAUUGACUGAGUCAUUGUUGAUGGCAGUGACCAGGCAGCUUAUCAGGCAUGAAUGCUCUUUCCCGUUGACUGUUAGUGUGGUGGAGACGAUCGCUAUAGGUGUUAACCUUAGCCUUGCCCAGGGCUUUCCCUACUGUGGUUCCCAAACCUCUACAUGAUUGAAGGAUGAUGGAGUUGCCAGGAAAUUGAAAUGAUUUAAAGUACAUUUUAAUAAGUUUAAUGAGUACCUUUUUAAUAUCUCUUUCUGUCUUUUAUUCCGCUCGAACAUAUCACGAGCCCUCAUCAGCUGUGGAAAUGUUGUCAUUGCUUUUUUUUGUGCAUUUCAACCACCAAUGACAUUUCCGCCCUGAUGUAGCAAGUUGUCUUGUUCACUGGCAGACAGCCCUAUCAACUGAGGUGUAUGUGUUUGUGCACAGUACAUGCAUCUGUGUUGGGUUUUGGAAUCACAGAAGAAAACCAGUUUGGGAACCUCUGGCCUGGUCGUAACGGUCCUGAGCAUAACCCCACUCUAUUCCCCAGACUUCUGACCCUCUCCCCAUCACUAAUGUGUGUCCACCCAUAAUGAGCCCGGCUCCUCAUUAGUAGUGGCAGUUUGAGGGAUAAUUUACACCACCACAAACUCCUUAGCUGAAGUCUAGUAUGUGGCUGAGGCCUAGGCAUGUUGGAGGGGAAUUGCAGACAUAUAGGCACGCUCCUGUUUAAUGUUUGAGUUGCAUAUGAGACACAAUAUGUACAUUUGUAUGGGAGUGGCCUUGGGGACCGGUUUCUCUCGUUUCUUCUCUGGUGUUUUGCGUGGUGCACAGAACCAGUGGAGCCGGUGGCAGUGCUAGUCCAGGCCUUAGGUGGUGAUUCACACGGCAGCGUUUUGAGCAGUAGUGAUUAUUGAUUAAGUGAUGCGUCCCACUGAUAUUGGGCAACACAUCUUUGCCUGGAGAACUUUUAAUCAGCAGUGGGCAACUUGUCACAGUCAUCCAAUCGGAAAACCCUAGGAGCCGGUGAUGUGAUUGCCUGGCGACAUUGCUCAAAAAGUUGCCCCGUGUAUCGUUACGUUAAUUGUCUAUCAGUUUCUCCUGCAGUGAAGCAGAGAUCCCUGUUUGUAACGUCCAUCCCCCCCCCCGCCCCGCCCCUCCCCAUACAGACAGACAUGAGUGUAAACGGAACCAGUCUGCCUCUGGAGGUCCAAAAGGACUCUUUUUGUCAUUCUGUUUAUGCCUACGCUCAGUGUAUUUGUGUGUUUGUUUGUUUGUUUUGUUUCUGUAAUGUUUGCAAAUGUUCACAGAAGCAUUAAGCAGUGUAUAGUGUGGUGAGUACGCUGGUGUUGAAUUGAUUUUAUUUUUAUUUUUUUUUCAUUUGUUUUAGUUGUGAUAACUGACCAGUCAGUCUCUUGGGGCAUUGGAAGGAUCUAAACCAGCACAAAUCUUCCUGAGCCCCCUUGUGGGUGACCCAGGGAAGUGUAGGCAAGCCUAGCCUCUCCUUAAGCCAAGGCCCCUACACAAUGGACUUAAGCCACUGCCUUUUACAGAGCUAUUUUUUCUCCUGGCUAUUUAUAAAAGAACUAAGUAGAUGUAAGCUUACCACUAAGUGUCGUAGUCCAAUGGCAGAGGAUACGGAUGGGCACUUUGAGGGUAAAGUUAGUUUUCUUGUGGAUGUGUGUUGUUGUUUUUUUUAUUUUGUAUUGAUCCUGUUUGUGAUUGGUGUGCAGUGUAUUUCCGUUGGAAAGGGUAGGAGUAGGAUGUACACAGCGUAGGUACACAUCUAUGUGUCGUACACGAGGUUGAACCACUAUUGGCCAGAGUCUCUGAGACAAGGGGAUGUCAGCACUUAUGCGGUCCCUCGCUGAGGUGGUCUGGCUCCCUCAGCGCAGAUGGUGCACGCGUUCCAUCAUGCUUAGAGACUAACAGAAACACUAGAACACAGGUAGAGGUUAGAUGACAUCUAAUGGCAACGUAUUGUGUGAAUGGUUAUGAAGAUCCACAUUUUAUCAAGGAGAGAGGCAACUAAAAGACAUGGACAUAAUGUUGGUAAUAAAUGGAUUGAUUUGUAAACGUA